AUGCGCGCCGCCCUGGCCCGCCGCGCCGUGCUGGCCCGCCCCGCGCCGUCGGCGGCGGCGACGCGCUCGCGCAGCGCCCAGGCCCUCGAGGCGCCCUACGUCGAAGAGACCUACGUCGCGCUCGACCGGGACCGGCGCCACGCGGCGCCCGUCGCCUUCGCGGAGUCCUACGCGGCGCCGGCCUUCGGCCGCAUCUCGACGGGGGACCAGUACGUGGCGUCGCUCCGCGGGCGGGACCUGCCCGUCUACCUCUUCGGCGAGAAUAUCGACGAGUUCGUCGACCACCCCAUCGUCUGGCCCUCGGUCAACGCCGUCGCGGAGACGUACCGGCUCGCGGAGCGCGAGCCCGAACUCGCGACGGUCUACAGCUCGCUCAUCGGCGGGCGCGUGCACCGCUUCGCCCACAUCUGCGAGAGCGCCGAGGACGUCGUCGCCCAGAACCGCAUGCAGCGGAAGAUGGGCCAGCUCACGGGCGCGUGCUUCCAGCGGUGCGUCGGCCAGGACUGCAUGAACGCGUCGUGGACGACGACGCACCUCAUCGACGCGGCCCACGGCACGGCCUACCAGGCGCGCCUCAAGGCCUUCGUCCAGCACGUCCAGUCCUACAACCUGACGGUCGGGGGCGCGAUGACGGACCCCAAGGGCGACCGGUCGAAGCCGCCGCACGCGCAGGAGGACCCGGACAUGUUCGUGCGCGUCGUCGACCGCAGGCCCGACGGCGUCGUCCUCCGGGGCGCCAAGGUCCACCAGACGGGGACGCUGAACUCGCACUGGAUGGUCGUCAUGCCCGGCCAGCGGCUCGCUAUUUGGUUUCGGCACAGGCGGCUCGCCCCCGCGGACGCGGACUACGCGAUCUCCGCGGCGAUCCCCGUCGACGACCCCCGCGUGUCCUACAUCCUGGGGCGCCAGUCCUGCGACACGCGGUCCAUGGAGCCGUCGGGCGUCGACGUGGGCAACGCCAAGUUCGGCGGCCAGGAGGUCACCGUCGUCCUGGACGACGUCUUCGUGCCCUACGACCGCGUCUUCAUGGACGGCGAGACGGAGUUCGCCGCGGAUCUGGUGGAGCGCUUCACGGCCUACCACCGGCGGUCCUACGUCUGCAAGGCCGGCGUCGGCGACGUGCUCAUCGGCGCGGCGGCGGAGAUCGCGGACAUGAACGGCGUCGCCAAGGCGUCGCACAUCAAGGACAAGCUCAUCGAGAUGACCCACCUGAACGAGACCAUCUUCGGCAUGGGCAUCGCCGCGUCCAUGUCGGCGAAGCCCACGCCCGCGGGCAACUACGAGCCCGACGUGCUCCUGGCGAACAUCUGCAAGCACCACGUCACGCGGUUCCCCUACGAGAUCGCGCGCCUCGCCCAGGACCUCGCGGGGGGCGUCGUCGUGACCAUGCCCUCCGACGACGACUUCAACAGCGAGGAGAUCGGCGCGAUCCUCAAGAAGUACCUCUGCGCGGCGCCGGGCGUCGACCCGGACGACCGGCGGCGCGUGCUCCGGCUCAUCGAGAACAUGACCAUGGGCCGCAACGCCGUCGGCUACCUCGCCGAGUCCAUGCACGGCGCGGGCUCGCCCGCGGCCCAGCGCGUCCUCAUCCAGAAGCUCGGCCAGAUCGCGGAGAAGCGCGGCUACGCGCGCGACAUCGCGGGCUGCGGCGGCGCCUGCUCCAAGGUCUAG